AUGACGCCAGAAGUCCUUCGAUUGUCUCUCGAGAAUGUCGACUUUCGACUUCCGACACAAGUCACAGACGACAAUAGCGUAACAGCGCUAAAGAGUCUGGUCUUUGAGCCCCUCCUCCGGUGGCAGCCACACGGCCGUGUUGAGCCCGGACUUUUUGACCGAUGGGAGCAUUCCCCCGAUGCCCGAGUUUGGCAUUUCCACAUCCGAGACGACGCCUACUUCCAUGAUGAUGAGCCUUGCCAGGCUAAGCAUAUAGUCAGCUACAUCAAUGGUCUGCUAGACUCAAGAGACUACUUUGGAAUGCGCUGGAGUUAUAGUCGCUAUUUCGCCCAAACAAAGUUCUAUGCCGUGGACGAUCGGACCGUCAAAGUCGUAAAUGCGGAGCCAUUUGCGGACAUUGAGGGUGUGUUUUGCGAGUUUUGGCCUUCCCGUAUCGACGCAAAUGGAAAACCGGUGCUUGGAACAGGCCCCUUUCGAGUAGUCGAGUUCGAGCGGGAUGAGGGCAAUGGGCGAGCUAUUCUGCAGCGGCUGAAUCCGACGCGACACGGUUCACCUCAUACCAUUAUAGCGACGAUGCAGCCAAAUGCAGCCGAAAGACUUCGGCUUCUACGCACUGGAGAGGUCGACGCCGCUUUGAACCUCGAGCGGGUUGACGAUCUCGACCUGCUGGACUUUGGCUCUACGCUUCAAUGGGGUAGAGUGACGAGCACCUUGUCGGCCAUUUACUAUCUUAACUGUACGGGGGGCAUAUUUACUUCGCCGGGCGCACGUCUCGCUGUGAAUCUUGCCCUCGAUAACGAAGCUUUGGUGGAGAAAGUAUACCAUGGAUUCGCGAAGCCAUCGGCUACCAUCGUCAGCCCCUUUCAUCUUGGGUUUCCAGAGUCAAAGUUACAGCCAAUCCCGUACGACCCCGCCAGGGCCAGAGAACUGCUCAAAGAUUUUGACAAGAGCACGCCUCUGGUUUUGAGGACGCCGGUGUAUAUGCCGGAACACGCCGAGAAAAUUUCAAAAUUCGUGGCAUCAUCCUUGAAAGCCGUUGGAUUUGACGUCGAAAUCAGGGUCGAGACUAAUCGACCAGAGUACGCCCGCCAAAUCGGACUCAGAAAGGAGAUUGGCAGCCUUGCUCUCUUCGACUCUACGCCCAACAGCACAUUUCGAGUGCUGGAUGACAAGAUUUCUAGUUCAUCCCACGCAACGUGGUGGCUUGGUUAUCAUGAUGAUGAGGUGCAGAGGCUGUUUCAUGAGGCAAGGGGCAAGAUUGACUACAAUGAUAGAGCUGCAGCAUAUGCUGAGACUCUUCAAAGACUGCAAGAGAAUCCCCCUUGGUUGUAUAUUGGCCAUCCAGACGUUGUGUGGGCAACGAGGCAUGACGUUGCGCUUAGGAUCGGGUAUUCAGGAGUGCUCACACUUGAGUAA